UAUAGCCUCGCUCCGUACUCAUUAUAUAUAUAGCUAAACACAUAUAUAUAAUAUAUAUUACUGAUUGAUCGAGAUAUCAUCAUCGUCUGGCGGCAUGAGCAAUCUGAGUUUGGUAGAGGCAAGGUUACCCCCUGGGUUCAGAUUCCAUCCCACAGAUGAAGAGCUGAUAUGUGAUUACUUAUUCAACAAGCAGCAGCAGCAUCUCCUUGUUAAUAAUAAUAAUAAUAAUAAUAAUAAUAAUAAUAAUAAUUCCUCUCAUCGGCAUCUUCUCCUUGAAAUUGAUCUCAACAAGUGUGAGCCAUGGGACCUUCCUGAAACGGCUUGCGUGGGGGGUAAGGAAUGGUACUUUUAUAGCCAACGAGACAAAAAAUAUGCAACAGGACUAAGAACGAACAGGGCGACGGUGUCUGGGUACUGGAAGGCAACCGGAAAAGACAGAUCGAUAUUAAGAAAGAGUAAGGGGGGCGUUGUUGUUGUUGUGGGGAUGAGGAAGACUCUCGUGUUCUACCUUGGAAGAGCUCCUAAAGGAAAGAAAACGGAUUGGGUGAUGCAUGAAUUCAGGCUCCAACCUCCUCCUCCUCCUCAUCAUCAUGUUGACGAUUGGGUGCUUUGUAGAGUGUUUUGCAAAACUAGAGAAAUAGUUGAUGAUGAUGAUUAUUUUGGGGAAAUGCAAACAGUUCGUACGAGUAAGAAGAAGAAGAAGAAGGUGGUGAGACAUGAAUUAGCAUUAAGCAGCUGUUGCUCAUUUCUCCCACAGCUAACAUUAUUUGAUAACGAUAAUUAUAACCAGCAGCUGCAAGUGCCCUGCUUCUCCACCAUUUUGUCUAAUCCCAAAUUUGCAGAUGAUUCCCUCAUAAUUAAUCCCCAUUACCUAUUUACAACAACCACUCCUACAUAUCAUCAACCAAUAAUUAUACCACCAGCAAACCGCCAUUCAUCGUCAUCAUCCUCGUCACAAUAUUGUUGUGAGAACAAAGAGCAGGCUGCCGUUAAAUCUAGCUUUCAUAACUCACUCUGCCAUUUGCAAGAGUCAACCACGACAUCGUUGACUAGUUUUGGUGAAGGCAUUUCUGAUCAAAGUUUUUUGUCUGAUGCAGCUUUACCCGUUACCAUGUGGUACCCUUAGUUAAAAUUGUAGAGUAAUUACUACUCGUAUUAUUGUACAUACAUAUACAUAUACUAAAAUACAUACAUAUAUACAUACAUAUGGAAA